AUGGCAUCCAGGACGACACGGAAGUUGCGAGAGUCACCACCGACGGACACCAAGGAUCCCAAGAAGAAGAAAAAAGAUGAACUGAAGUUCGCUCACGCCCAGAGCAAGAAGGAGGAACCACCUGCAAAGUCCUCGGACUGGGAGAAAUGCUCCAAGAGCUGCAACUCGCUGUUGGUGCGGACUGCCUACAUCCCCCCAGAUGCCAUCAGGUCUCUGCGGAGGGCAUAUGGCGGUACCCAGACUGCAUCGUUGACAGUGCCUGCAGUGGUCGCGAAGAAAGUCCUGGGUUAUCGAGGCGAGAUUCUCGUAGGAUGGGUCAAUUGUCGGAUUCGGACGGUGGAAAGACUGGUCAAGUAUUACAAGUGCUGGCACUAUGGGCAUCUCGCCAUCAAGCGUAAGAGUGGCGUGAACCGAGCGAAACUCUGCACCAAGUGCAGAGAAGCUGACCACAAAGCUGCUGCCUGUGAGAAGGAAGCUCACUGUGCCUUGUGUGCUGAGAAAGAUCAAACGAAGUAUUGUGCCCAUAUUGCUGGUAGCAACAGAUACCCUAUCUUUAGGGAAGCACUUCAGAAGACCGUGCGGGAGCUGAAGAUCGAUCUGUUGAUGAUAUCGGAGGCAUUGAGACAUCUGAGCACUCAACCCUGGGAGACGGAUAAGAGUCGCAAGGCCAUCAUCUGGUCCUGUGGCAAGUUUCGGUUUCAAAGUGUUGCGAAUACUGAGGAGGCUGGCUUUGUGGUCGUUAAGCUGGAAGGAAUUCAUUUCUACAGCUGUUACGCUCCACCAAGCCUCACGUUCGACGAGUUUUUGGACUUCCUGUACAAACUGACUGAGGAUGCGAAGCAGCACUUUCCCGUGGCAAUCGCAGGGGACUUCAACGCUUGGGCAGUUGAUUGGGCGAGCAAAGAGACCAAAGCAAGAGGGCAAACUCUAUUAGAGGCCAUGUCAUCAUUGGACGUUGUCCUGCUCAACAAUGGUGAUAAACCCACGUUUGUGAGAGGAGAGAAGAGCUCAAUUGUAGACCUAACCUUCGUUAGCAGUAACCUCGUGAGAGGAAACUGCUCCUGUGAGAAGACCAACGACAUCGGCUGGAAGGUGAGCACCUUUGAUCUUAGCUCAUUCCUAGUGGCACUAGACGAUCACUCGAUAAGUGGUAGAAGUGCUACGGAGAAGGCUGAGUAUCUCAUGAGAAGAGUUGGCGGGGCCUGUGAUACCUCCAUGCCUCGUAAACGCACUGGAAGCCGUCUGUCUCUGGUGCACUGGUGGAACGAUCAGAUCGCCGCUCUUCGAGAGAAGUGCGUCAAGGCUCGAAGGUCUUCGCAGCAUGGUUGGAAGAAACCGAACUCUGAGGAACUGGAGAUAAAAUAUAAAGAUGCACGUCGAGAGCUCAACAAAGCGAUCAAGGACAGGCCGUACAAGGUGGUCAUGACGCGACUGAAAAGCCAGCCAAUGCCAUCGCCGACAUGCCCCGAGCUCCUGAAGAAGAUUCUAACGGCGUCGUUCCCUCAACAAUCGGAACUCCACCAGUCCGCAGAGCAUUCCGUCGAACCAUCGAUCCCACCAUUUACAGAGGAACAACUGAAGGAAGCCUGCGGCAGAGUGGGGAACACCAACGCUCCUGGCCUUGAUGGAAUCCCAAACAUUGCGCUGAAAGCAGCGAUCAAUGCAGUGCCAGGAUUGCUCCUGGACGUAUACAACGCAUACCUGGAGGAAGGCACUUUCCCCGCCAAGUGGAAGCAGCAGAGGCUAGUGCUCCUCCCGAAGGGGAAGAAGCCACUGGACGAACCAUCAUCUUAUCGUCCACUCUGUAUGCUUGAUACAGCUGAGAAUAUCCUCGAGCGUAUCAUCCACAGAAGGAUAGAAGCAGCAGUAGAACCGCUGCUAGCCGAUAACCAAUACGGCUUCCGAACAGGUCGCUCUACUCUCAACGCCAUUGACCUCGUCGUCAACACCGCCAAGGAGGCGAUCUCUGGGACAAGAUGGAGAGAAGGUACGAAGAAGUACUGUCUAGUGGCGACGCUAGACAUUAAAAACGCCUUCAACUCAGUCAAGUGGGACUGCAUCAUGAAGGCUCUCGAGACGAUGAACGUACCAGGAUAUUUGCGAAGAAUGGUAGCCAGCUACUUCACCAACAGAAUUCUGAAGUAUGACACAGAGAGUGGCCCCAAAGAGUAUCAAGUCACUGGAGGGGUGCCUCAGGGCCCGGUGCUGGAUCCUCUUCUGUGGUACAUCAUUUAUGAUGGACUGCUGAAGUUGCAAGAAUCACGGCGGAAGACAGCACCAGUCUGCAGACUGAGUGCCCUGAGAGUUGCCGACGCGUACUGUACAGUGUCUGCGGAUGCAGUGUGUGUGAUUGCAGGGAUGCUGCCCAUCGAAGUACUAGCUGAAGAGCGAAGGCGUCUCUACUGGCGGAAAGGACAAGCCACAAUGAACCCAGAAGAGCUCGAAAUAGAAGAGACAAAACAGCAUACGCCGAUGGCAGUUGCUUUGAAAUGA